AGAACCUCUCCCCUUGGCUGACCAAGGCUGUACGUUCAGUCAAGUUCGUUAAAAUUAAUCGUCAAUCGUUGGGAACUGUUUAGCUCUUCGUCUUUCUCUAGGCGGUUUAUUCCCACUAUAUUCACUCCUUUAUAUUCCACGGCAUCAGUGAGUAGUCCAAGCCCAAUCUUUGUAUCAAAUCGAAGGGAUCAAAGAUGAAUCCUCAGUGCAGCAAGUGCAGCAAAGCUGUCUACCCGAUGGAAAAAUUGAACUGUCUUGACAAGUUCUGGCAUAAAACGUGUUUUAAGUGUACGGUCUGCAAUAUGACUCUCAACAUGAAAAACUACAAAGGAUAUAACAAGAUGCCGUAUUGUGCAGCGCAUUACCCAACRACCAAGCACACUACAGUUGCUGAUACACCAGAGAACCUUCGUCUUUCUAAACAAACAAAACAACAAAGCCAGGUUGAAUAUCACAAGAAAUUUGAGGAAGAGAAAGGCCACUUCACUGCAGUUCCUGAUGACCCAGAAACACUGAGAGCCAAGAAAAACACAGACAACAUCAGUAGCAUCGCAUAUGCAGGAUCAUCUGCAGAGAUGAGACUUGGAACAUCUGGCAGGGGUGCAGUUGAAGCAGGCGUAGAGGGAUCCAAUCCCCACCAACCUGGUUAUGAAGACAGAAUCAGAAGUCAGCCACAAAUGCGACAACCUCCACAACCAGAGCCUGUGCAUCAUGAGCAGCGCCCUCCAGCCGCUGCCACAAAGCCACGUUACAGGGCUCUCUAUGAUUACACUGCUGCUGAUGACGAUGAAGUAAGCUUUGUUGAAAAUGACUCAAUAACAGAUGUAAACAUUAUUGACGAAGGAUGGAUGGAGGGUAGAGUAGAGAGAACUGGACAAUUUGGCAUGAUUCCAGCAAACUAUGUGGAAAAAAUAUAAUUCAAAACGAGAAAAGGAAAAAGGAAAAGAAAAUUAUUUGUAGGAAAUUGUUUGCUCUGCAUUAUUAAUCUGCAUUUCUCUUUUUUUUUUCUCUCUCAAAAAAACGACAUGAUUGUAAAAUAAAGAUGAGAAUGAGAAAAAAAUAAAAAAAAUAUCAUAGUUUUUUUCGCAUCCCUGUGGCAUUCGAUUCACUUUUGUUUAGACUUGAAUUUGUGAGCUGUGAUUGGUCGAGUGACCAGUGAUUAUGAGACAAUAUUCACUGCUCGAGCAGUGAUUAUAAGGUUUCCCAAAGUUUGCCAGAACGGCAAUAAUACUAAAAAAAAUUUUGAUCCUGAAUUUCGUCGUUUUUUUCUGAUAUUCAAGUCUAAAAUUAUACUAAAACAAUUAUUCACCUCCGGUUCAGCAAAUAAAGGGGAUAUUUGCCUCGCCACUUGAAGACUCAAGGCUUGGUAAAUAUUCCCCGAUAUUCGUUUUGCCUUCAGGGAAUAAUUGUCAAAUGACCCUUUCCCAAGAUAUGGCUGGAUGUACAUGUACUAGCUAAAGCCUUGGUUUGGAUACAUAUUAUCAGAGAUAUAUGUAUAGAGGCUUUGCACUAUUACGUGAUGGCAGCCAUGACAAGAGGCAGGAACAAUCAAAUCUGAUUYACAUGAGAAAGAAUUCAAUUUCCUAUUGGAAAAAAGACUAUCGCUGUGCUUCCUGUCAUGGCUGCCAUCACGUGAUGGUGCAAAGCCCCUAUAGGGACUAUCUAUCACACACUUGUUAUGACGUGAUUUUAUUGGAUAAUUAAUCAAUAAGACAAGCUUAGAUUUAAAGAAAAAGCUGCUUGCUAGUUGAAUAAUAUUACUAGGCGCUUAACUGUGUCUUGGGAAAGGUCUGAUUUCAUUUUCAUCUUUAUUUUUAAAUAUGUAGUUUGCCCCUACAAAAAAACAACAUUGAGAUUGAUUAUUGUAGCACCUUGUAACUUCAGUCAAUGGAAAAAUACUGUCUUCUUGUAAUGACAUUAAAGUAAUUUAACUUUCAGUGUGUCUUUAAGUAAAAGUAGUUGUUCGACUAGCUAGUUCACUCAAAAGUUAUUAACAGUUUUCCACGUAGCAAACAUGAUGCAUUCUGGUUUAGCUUGGGUACUUAACUUUAGACUGCUUACUCGGCKCCAAUCUCCGCGCGCGUCAACAGGAAUCUUAAGACAAUAGUCUUUACUGAGUCUGGAAGGAAAAGUAGGACUGCUCGCAGUCUAAAACAACUUUUGCUCAACCUGCUUCGCACGGUGUAAUCUAUGCCGAGGUUAGACCAGAAUGCAUCAUCCUGAGGAAAAACCAUCACUAAUCUCCUGUUCCUGAUUAUCGAAUUCAGAAAAAGCACUGUAUUGUCGAAAUUGUAAACAUUGCUAGCUGUUGUUGUUUGUGAAUAUUUGGACASUGAAAUAAGGCUAAACAAAGGUCUGUUGAUAACGUU